UCAGGGCCUUAAAAACAAUGGCGGGAGAUUCAAAACGCUGGGUUUCACUGUUGGUAAUAGUAGGAUAUUUCUUAACAAUAACGCAAGCUCAAGUGUGGGUAAGAGGUUCUUGUCCAAACGUUACCGUCGUCUCUGAUUUCAACCUCGACCAAUAUUUAGGCAAGUGGUUUGCAAACCGUAACUACUAUGACAGAUCCCAAGCCGGAUUGGAUUGCGUAACGGUCGAGUACACUCAAAAUGGAGAAGAAAUUGCCUUCAAAAAAGAAGGAAUUGAACAAGUAACAAGAAGAAAAACAGUGUCCAUCGGAAGCGCUCGCCUCAUCCAACCCGGAAAACUUGCCGUUUCUUAUAGUGACAACCCUCCCGCUAAAUCGGCAAAUGCAAAUUAUUUGGUGAUCGGCACCGACUACAAAUCUUACUCUGUUGUGUGGAAUUGCUCUGAACGGGGUCCCAUGAGUUCACAUACUGCGCGGGUGUUAACGCGUGAACAAGAACCAUCAAUAUCAACAAUCGACAAAGUUUACGCAGUGCUAAGACGGAACGGCCUCGAUAGCAGCAGAUUAAGAUUAGUAAAUCAGAAAAAUUGCACAAGGCGCUGAAGAAAAGUGGCAUGCAGCCAUCGAAU